AUGUCUUUCGGCAACAUGUCAUAUGCCUCGACUUCUAAUAAGCCAGGUGAAAAGAAGCUUCGAACAAGGAUGAGAGUGGGUUUUGAGGUUGAGGUGGCGGCAGGAACGAUUCGCCAAUAUCUACACGGCGAAUUGCGUCCGCAAGGGUAUGGAGCGGGAUGCUAUGAAUCGGUUCUACAGUUUGGCGAUAUCGAGAAAAUUGGGGCUCUGUGCUUCUAUCCACAGGAGAUUAACAUCAGGGCUAUGGAGAAAGAAUUAAUGAGACACUUUGACUGGAAGACGGUUAUCGGCCUGCGGUACAAAUGGGUAAACAUUCCCUACAACGGCCGCAGCAAGUGGAAUGAACGAUCGCCCGGAUGCAUGAUGUGGCACGUUUACGUCAGAUCGAGGGACGCUAAGCAAGCGGACCAAGAACUACGAUUAUGGCUGCACCCGUCUACCCCUAAGAAAGAUUUCCCAUGGUGCGCUGUCACACACUACAUUAGCGAUUGGGACAAUCAGCGUUAA